AUGGGUCGAUUUGUUGUACAUAAGGAGAGUUUACCAGCGCAGGUGGGCAUCAAGCGUCGCCGCACUACUCCAGUCUCAAUUACAGAAACAACAGAAACAACAACAUCAUCUUCUUCUGUUCUCCCUACGGAUGUAGAUAGGGAUGAUGUCACUUUACCAGUUCCUUCAAUGGAGAAGGAAAACAAUAACAAUAUGCGUUCUGAUGAUGUUGAAGAAAUAAAUGAUAAUAAAUCCGAUAGAGUCCAUACUAAAGAUCCACCUUUAGCUGAAAGUGAAUCAGAAGAAGAUGAAGAUGAAGAUGAGGAUGAAGAUUUGGCGGAAUUAGAAGAGGAAAGAAGACGUAUUGAAAAUAUGCGACGUGAACGGGAGCAAACACGAACUGCAAAGACUAGUGGUCCCACCUCUACAAGAACAGAUGGUAUGAGCAACAGCAGCAAUAAUAAUAAUAAUAGUGCUAGUUUAGGGGGUGGUGUCUCUUCUUAUAACCAUGAUGUGUUAUUUAGGCGACGCGAGUGGCGUCAAAAGGGUGUUGUUGUUUCGAGUGAAGAGGCGAAAAAUAAACGAGCGAAAUGGGAAGCUGUGCAGAAUGAUACUCAGCAGUCAGCAGCAUAUCAACAUUUUAUGAAGAAACACUUCAAAUGA